AUGCGAAACUCCUCCACUCAUUCUCAUGCAGCAAUACUGAAACUAGGUACAUAAUUAAGCAUGGGUUCAGUAGAGUACCAACCCUUGCUUCACAGGCUUGACGCACACACACAAAUUAGAAACUUGUCAUCAGAUGCCGUUGAAGAGUUCUUGGAAAAUGGGCCCAUUUCGUUGAGAUGGUGGCCAAAGCUUGUUUUGUGGGAGUCAAGGCUCCUCUGGAUCCUCUCUGGGGCUUCCAUUGUUGUCUCCAUUUUCAAUUAUUUGCUCACUUUUGUCACCUUGAUGUUUACUGGUCAUUUGGGGGCCCUUCAGCUUGCUGGGGCCUCCAUAGCCAGUGUUGGAAUUCAGGGUCUUGCUUAUGGCAUUAUGCUGGGGAUGGCAAGUGCUGUGCAAACUGUUUGUGGGCAAGCAUAUGGAGCAAAAAAGUAUGCAGCAAUGAGCAUCAUAUUGCAGAGAGCAAUCAUCUUGCACCUUGGAGCAGCAGUGCUUAUCACAUUUUUGUAUUGGUUCUCUGGAGAUUUUCUAUUAGCCAUAAGACAGACAGAUGUCAUAGCGGAGCAAGGGCAAUUGUUUGCACGAGGACUUAUUCCUCAACUCUAUGCAUUUGCAAUAAGCUGUCCUAUGCAGAGGUUCCUCCAAGCACAGAACAUUGUGAAUCCUCUCGCAUAUAUGGCUGUUGGGGUGUUCCUUCUGCAUGUGCUUCUCAACUGGCUUGUUGUUUUUGUUUUUGAUUACGGCCUUCUUGGGGCAUCCCUUACUCUUAGCUUUUCUUGGUGGGUUCUUGUCUUGUUAAAUGGCCUUUACAUCCUUCUUAGCCCAAGAUGCAAGGAAACCUGGACUGGCUUCAGUGUAAAAGCCUUUAAAGGAAUUUGGCCUUAUUUCAAGCUCACAGUUGCUUCUGCUGUCAUGUUAUGUUUGGAGAUAUGGUACAAUCAGGGUCUAGUGAUUUUAUCAGGGCUGCUUCCCAAUGCCACAAUCGCAUUGGAUUCUAUCUCUAUUUGUAUGAACUAUUGGAACUUGGACAUGAAUUUUAUGUUGGGCCUUAGUGCAGCAGCCAGUGUCCGAGUUAGCAAUGAAUUGGGAGCAGCUAAUCCAAAAGUCACGAAACUUUCUGUCUUCGUAGUGAAUGGAACCAGCAUCCUCAUCAGUGUGGUUUUCUGCGUGAUUAUUUUGAUAUUCCGGGUUCCUAUGAGUGAACUUUUCACUUCUGAUACUUCAGUCAUUGAGGCUGUAUCCGAUUUGACUCCAUUGCUUACCAUCUCUGUUUUCCUUAAUGGCAUUCAACCUAUAUUGUCAGGGGUUGCAAUUGGAAGUGGAUGGCAAGCUAUAGUGGCUUAUGUAAACUUGGCCUCUUACUAUAUCAUUGGACUUCCAAUUGGAUGUGUUCUUGGCUUUAAAACUUCUUUAGGCGUAGCUGGUAUCUGGUGGGGAAUGGUUCUUGGAGUUCUUAUACAGACAGUAACUCUAAUAGUUCUGACUGCCAGAACAAAUUGGGAUGCAGAGGUUGAAAAAGCCAUUGGUCGCAUCAAGAAAUCUGCUGAAACUGAGACCUUAGAUCAACUGGUUGUCAACGCAUAAGAAACAUUUUUCUUUUGAGAAAUAGUAGCAACAAACUUUCAACCACUCUUUCAAAUAGAAUCAAUAUUCUUUUGAACAUAUUCUUUAUUAUUGGUUGAAUUGGAAAUGACAAAAUUUUGUGAGUCUCAAAUUUUAUUUAAUGAGUCUUACUCAUAAUUUUGUAGUUUUCAAUUAGUUUUAACUAAUAAUAAAGAGUAUAUUAGAAAGUAAUUGUGUUGCUGGCCUUUCUUUUAUAUUUUUUUUCAUCAGGCAUGGUCUAAAAGCGUUGUAGGUGGUGCUGAAUCUUGUAUUGGGCUACAAGGGUGUUUCUCAUCACAUAAAUUUAAAAAUAAAAUAAUGAAAACCUUCAGUUCCAGCGUUAA